GUGGAUCACGCUUAUCUUAUCGUAAUCAACCGACGAACAAUUUAAGAUCAAGAUUAAUAGCAGCAGUGGUACCCAGCUUUCAGAAACUCAGAUUUUUUAUUUCUAGCAAACAAGAACGGAGAAAAUCACAAAUUUAUAGCUGCUGCAGACUGCAAAAUGUUGAAGGCAUGAUCUCCCUUCCCCCAGCUGAGUAUUUCAAUCAGGCACUAACUCAUCACUUAGGAUGAAGCAUUCAUCUAUGCACGAUGGGAGGCAGAUUUUGUCUAAAUUCCUUCUUGGGUUCAUUCUUUUAUACAUGAGCAAUGGUCUGGAAUCUGCAGCACUGUCAAGCAGUACUUUCGGAAAUGAAUCCGACAGACUGGCACUGCUAGACUUCAAGAAAAUGAUCACUGAAGAUCCUCAAAAUAUCAUGAGCUCAUGGAAUGAUUCCACCGAUUUCUGUGGCUGGAGAGGUGUUACAUGUAACAAUUCCAACAAAAGAGUCCUGACAUUGAAGUUGAAUUCUCAAAAUUUACAACAAUUUACAGGGAAUCAUACCUAAGGAACUCGGGCGUCUAACAAGCUUGGAGAGAUUCUCACUUCAGGCGAAUAAUUUAUCUGGUACGGUCCCUUCUUCAAUCUAUAAUAUUUCUUCCAUAUACCUUUUCGAUGUUACUGAGAACCAGCUGCAAGGAGAGAUACCACCAAAUGUCGGCAAUACUCUUCCUAAUCUCAUAGGGUUUUUCGCUGGUGCCAACAAGUUCACAGGGCGUGUUCCUGUCUCAUUUCACCUGGAAAUGCUUCUAGACUUGAGAGGCUUGAUGUGUUCAGAAAUUCUCUCACUGGGGCACUCCACGGUGAAAAUCUUGGAAGCUUACGGAGCUUAGUUUUGCUAAACUUUGAAAAAAUAGACUAGGAAGUGGAAAACCCGAUGACUUGAAUUUUCUUACUUUCUUGGCUAAUUGUACUCGUUUGGAGAGUUUAGGUCUUUAUGGUAAUCGUUUUGGAGGAGAGCUGCCAGGAUCGAUAGCCAAUCUAGUCAACCCAACUAAUUACUCUUACUCUGGGGGAUAAUAUGAUACAUGGAGUCAUCCCUGAGGGUAUUGGAAAUCUUGUAAACUUGACAGCCCUAGUACUAGAACAUAACAAUUUUGGUGGUACUGUCCCUAAUACAAUUGGGAAGCUUCAGAAAUUAGUGGAGUUGUAUCUGAAUAGUAACAAACUUUCUGGGCCAAUUCCUUCCUCCCUGGGUAACUUGUCUGCGUUGACAAACCUCUACUUGGACUGGAAUAUGUUCGAGGGAAGCAUCCCUCCAAGUCUUGCCAACUGCCAAUUUCUACUGAUAAUUCACCUUUCUCAUAACAAUCUAUCUGGUUCCCUACCUAAACAGCCGCUUGCGCUUUCAUCCCUUUCCAUUUCUUUGAACAUGUCUCACAAUUCUUUGACUGGUUCGCUACCAUCCGAAGUGGGUGAUUUGGUAAAUCUCGCAGAGCUAGAUGUAUAAGAAAACAAGUUAUCAGGUGAAAUCCACAAACUCUUGGUAGUUGUAUAAUGUUGGUGCGCCUGCGUUUAGAAGGUAAUAAAUUUGAGGGAAUAAUUCCUUAAUCUCUUAAAAAUUUAAGAAGCUUGGAAGAAAUAGAUAUUUUGGGCAAUAACUUAUCUUGGCAGCUUCCUGAAUUUCUAGGCAAGUUUACAUUACUUGAGAAACUUAAUCUUUCUCAUAAUAAUUUUGAUGGGGAAUUACCUAAAGAAGGGAUAUUUUUUAACGCAGGUUGCGUGUCAGUUCUUGGAAAUGAUAAGCUCUGUGGUGGCAUCCCACAAUUAAUCUAACUGCAUGCUCCGACAAAAAGCCCCAUUCAACUCGAGGACUACUUGCCCUGAAAGUAGUCAUCCCUAUAGCUUCUUCUCUUGCACUCAUAAUUGCUCUAUCAUGCUUUAUUGCUGCUUGUUCAAUGGUGAAAAGGUCAAGACGCAAACCUGUGACUUUACGCUCUUAUGAGGACUGGAAAUCAAGUCUCUCAUACUAUGAACUCUUUCAAUCAACUAAAGGUUUCUCUAUGGACAAUCUGAUUGGUUCGGGAAGUUUUGGUUCUGUUUACAAAGGAGUACCGUCAAGUGAUGCAGCAAUAGUUGCCGUUAAGGUAUUGAACCUUCAACAACCAGGAGCUUCCAAGAGUUUUAUUGAUGAAUGCAAAACUCUGAAAAGUAUAAGGCACCGUAAUCUCCUCAAGAUCAUAACUGCAUGCUCAAGCAUUGACAAUCAAGGUAAUGACUUCAAAAGUCUAGUUUUUGAGUUCAUGGAAAAUGGAAGUCUAGAUCCGUGGAUUCAUCCCAAAAAUGAUGAGCAAUCUCAAACAAAGAGAAUAUUGAGCCUUACCGAAAGACUAGAUAUUGCAAUUGAUGUUGCUUCUGCAUUAGAUUAUCUACACUACCAAUGUGAAACGCCUAUUGUUCACUGUGAUCUAAAGCCAAGCAAUGUGCUUCUUGAUGAAGACAUGGUAGCCCAUGUUGGUGACUUAGGAUUAGCAAGGUUCCUUUUGGAAGCUUCAAAUUCGAACAAUCUUACCGCAAGUCAAACAAUGUCAGCAGGUCUAAAGGAUAGGCUACAUUCCUCCAGAGUAUGGCAUGGGAGACCAAGUUUCUAUACUCGGAGAUACUUAUAGCUACGGGAUACUGCUACUAGAAAUGUUCACAGGGAAAAGCCCUACCGAUGACGUGUUUAUAGAUGGUCAAAGCAUUCACCGUUUCACAGCCAUGGCGUUGCCAGACCAUGUCAUGGACGUUGUUGACCGUUCAUUGCUCCUUGAAAUAUAUGAUCCGGAUGCUGAUGAUGAAGAAUACAAAAUACAAGAAGGACCAAUUACAAAAUAUCAAGAUCGGAGCUCAGCCCAAGUGAAAAGAUUGGAGGAGUGCUUGGUUUCUGUGAUGGAAAUAGGGCUCG